GUCCGAGUGGGUCGGCGGCGGGCUGAUCGUGUGGCGGGGAGGGGGGAGUCCGGGAUCGUGUGUGGGGGGGGGAGUCCGGGAGCAGCGAGUCCGGGAUCGUGUGUUGGGGGGAGUCCGGGAGCAGCGAGUCCGGGAUCGUGUGUUGGGGGGAGUCCGGGAGCAGCGAGUCCGGGAUCGUGUGUUGGGGGGAGUCCGGGAGCAGCGAGUCCGGGAUCGUGUGUUGGGGGGAGUCCGGAAGCAGCGAGUCCGGGAUCGUGGGGGGGGAGUCCGGGAGCAGCGAGUCCGGGAUCGUGUGUGAGGGGGAGUCCGGAAGCAGCGAGUCCGGGAUCGUGGGGGGGGGAGUCCGGGAGCAGCGAGUCCGGGAUCGUGGGGGGGGAGUCCGGGAGCAGCGAGUCCGGGAUCGUGUGUGAGGGGGAGUCCGGAAGCAGCGAGUCCGGGAUCCUGUCAGUCUCACCGAGUCUCUCACUUCUCCCCUUCUCAACCUCCCUUUAAAGCCGCCCCCCUCCCCCGAACCCGACCCCCCGAACACAGUCACCGGCUGCAGGAGAUGACCUCCUUCCCCUCCUGUGGAGAGCUGGUGGCCGUGCUCCGCCGCCCGACCCCCUCCGAGGCCCAGUGACCUUGUUCAGGGAUCAUUCGCUAUUGAGGAACAUAUCCCGGUUGUUGCUGGUCCGGCCCGGCCCGGCCCAGUCCGGCCCGACUCCUCUCGCCGCCUCCUUCAAUGUUGCCAUGGCCUCUGUGGGCACAGAGAAAGGCUCCAUCAAGAAGAAAAGUGAGAAGAAAUUCGCAGCCAGAGAGGAAGCCAAGCUCUUGGCAACUUUUAUGGGUGUCAUGAAUAACAUGCGAAAACAGAAAAUUCUGUGCGAUGUUCUUCUGGUAGUGUCGGAUAGAAAAAUCCCAGCUCACCGGGUGGUUCUUGCAGCAGCCAGCCACUUUUUCAGUCUAAUGUUUACCACAAACAUGCUUGAAUCAAAGUCUUAUGAAGUGGAACUCAAAGAUGCUGAACCUGACAUUAUUGAACUACUGGUAGAGUUUGCAUAUACUGCCAGGAUCUCUGUUAACAGCAAUAAUGUUCAAUCUCUGUUGGAUGCAGCAAACCAGUAUCAGAUUGAACCAGUGAAGAAAAUGUGUGUUGAGUUCCUCAAAGAACAAAUUGAUGCUUCAAAUUGCCUUGGAAUAAGUGUUCUGGCAGAGUGCCUCGACUGCCCAGAGCUCAAGAUGUCAGCAGAUGGAUUCAUUCAUCAGCAUUUCACUGAAGUUUACAAAACGGAUGAGUUUUUACAACUUGAUGUCAAAAGAGUAACUCACUUACUGAAACAAGAUGCACUAACAGUUAGAGCAGAAGACCAGGUUUAUGAUGCAGCAGUUAGGUGGUUAAAAUAUGAUGAACUCAAUCGACAGCAAUAUAUGGUUGAUAUUCUGGCUAAAGUCAGAUUUCCACUAAUCUCUAAGAACUUCUUGAGCAAAACUGUCCAAGCAGAAUCACUCAUUCAGGAUAAUCCAGAGUGUCUUAAAAUGGUUAUAAGUGGCAUGCGUUAUCAUCUUCUGUCUCCAGAGGAUAGAGAGGAGCUGGGAGAAAGUACACGGCCAAGACAAAAGAAACAUGAUUAUCGCAUUGCAUUGUUCGGUGGAUCUCAGCCUCAGUCAUGUCGUUAUUUUAAUCCCAAGGAUUAUACUUGGAUGGACAUUCGUUGUCCAUUUGAGAAGCGACGAGAUGCAGCCUGUGUCUUCUGGGACAACGUUGUUUAUAUCUUGGGUGGUUCACAGCUUUUUCCCAUCAAACGGAUGGAUUGCUACAAUGUGGUUAAGGACAGUUGGUAUUCUAAACUGGGUCCUCCAACUCCUCGAGAUAGUCUUGCUGCAUGUGCUGCAGAAGGCAAGAUUUACACAUCUGGAGGCUCUGAAGUAGGAAAUUCUGCUUUGUAUCUGUUUGAAUGUUAUGAUACCAGAACAGAGAAUUGGCACACCAAACCCAGCAUGCUGACACCUCGAUGCAGUCAUGGUAUGGUGGAAGCCAAAGGACUCAUCUAUGUUUGUGGUGGAAGUUUAGGCAACAAUGUAUCUGGAAGAGUUUUAAAUUCCUGUGAAGUGUACAAUCCUGCAACUGAGUCGUGGACAGAACUGGCUGCAAUGCUGGAGGCUAGGAAGAACCACGGAUUAGUUUUUGUAAAUGACAGAAUCUAUGCUGUUGGUGGACAAAAUGGACUUGGUGGUCUGGAUUCCAUAGAAUAUUAUGAUAUUAAGAUGAAUGACUGGAAAAUGGUAUCAACGAUGCCCUGGAAAGGGGUAACAGUUAAAUGUGCAGCAGUAGGCUCCAUGAUCUAUGUCUUGGCUGGUUUCCAAGGUGUAGGCAGAUUAGGUCACAUUUUGGAAUAUAACACCGAGACUGACAAAUGGACAACCAAUUCUAAGGUCCGUGCUUUCCCAGUAACCAGUUGUCUUAUAUGUGUCGUGGACACAUGUGGUGCAAAUGAAGAAAAACUUGAAACUUGAAGAAAAAAUUCUUUGGAGCUACCAGGAUGAUGUCUGUUCUGUCAGCUCAUAUUGGCAUAAACUGAUAUAUGAAGAUUUUUCUAACUUAAUGUCUUUUGAGAUGUAUUAAAGUAAUGCCAGUAUUCAGGAUUAUUUCUUAAGAGUUAUUAAAAAGCUGUUUGCCUAACA